AACGUCGCUAUUGGUUCAAAAUCCAUAACUGGCCUCCGAGAGCCAGGUGUCGUUCACACCGCGGCCUCGCGCCUCGUCUCGUUAAUCACUCGCGUUCGCUAUUGUUAAAACCGCGACGAUCAGCCAUCUUUGUCAAUCUACUACGAAUCAAUUUUAUUUAAUUGUAUGAUAAAAUACCUAAUGUCACAAAACGCAGUUGAAUUAAUUGAGUGUAUCAUUGUGUAUCGUGAAAUCAAAUUCACCGUAAUCCGUAACGUUCUAUAAGUUCUCUUUUGUUUCACUAGCAGCCGACGCUUCGAUGAAUGGAAGCUCGUUUUAUACGACGGCGUUAACAACCAGUCCACCAUUAAAAUGAUGAAUGAUGUGUUUUGCGCAAAGACAAUCAAUAAUGACAGUUUUAGUGAAAAAUAAAAAGGGUGAUUUCUGUGUUUAUGUUUGAAAGUGUUUGUGAUUAAAACUGCUAAGUAAUUUGUAAAAUAUACAUUGCAUAAAUGAGUGAAAUGGCGUUGCGGAGCGCGCGGGCCCGAGCAUGCGCGCCUCUUUCCUCGCAAUUGCCAGGAACGCACUAAAUGUCCUUCGGUUACAUUCACAUCAAAAUGGGAAGGUCGAGAUUCCCUGGAAAGCCACUCAAAUUUCAAAACAGAAAGCGUAUCAGUGUUUUAUCUGGGACUGUUUAUCAUGAGACUGCUGCAGAGGGCCCGCCAGCCCGCAGCGUUGCUGCUAAUGAUUUUGCUGGGGAACAAGAGGAAGAAGAAAAGAAAGAAGCAAACAAUGAAGUCAAAAAUGAAAUUGAAGCCACUGAAAACGAAUUAAGUCAACCAAACAAAAAACAAGACUCUAAAAGUAUCCAUACAUCAAAGUCUCCUGUGCGUACCCGGUCGCAAAAUAAAAUGGAGGCCACAAAAGCUGAUAAACCUGUAAAGAAAACAGUAACCUUUGGUACUGUUGAAAGCUGUGAAGAUAUAUUUUUUCCCCUAAAAAAGCUUCCUUCAAAACAUCAUGCUCCUCUUGUCCCUAUUAUAAAGAAAAAAUCUUUAUUGAAACAAACUGAAUAUUCAACAUUCAACAGUAUACUUAAACCCGCGAAACUUACUGAUUUGAGCUCUAAGUCUUCAUCAGAACAUCAAGAAGGGUAUUUAAGAAAAAAUUUGAAUCCUUUGUCAAAACCUAUGAAUAAAUUUUCACAGCUGAGUGAGAACCGUUGUAUUUCACCACCACCAAGAAAUUCAUCACCUGUUGAAAGAGAUAAUGGAACAACAACAAAAUUUGUAUUGCCUGUGAGAAGUGCCCAUUCAUCUCGUGUUAUUAAACCCAAUAAAAGGUUUAUAGAUGGUGAGGAGCCAACAGCAAUAACAAGUAUAAUAUCUUCAGGAAAGGUUCUUAAGAAACCAAAGCUAAAGAGAUUGGUUUUCAAUAAUAUACAUAAUGACGAUGAUGAAACUCCAGAUGAAGAUGAAAUCAAUAAAAUUAUUGAAGCAGAAAAAAAUAAGGAAAAAUCUGUUCUUAAAACUUCUAGUUUAUUCAAAGACAAAACAACAAACUCCUUUUUAUCUCUUAAUAGUGGUUCACGAAAAGGAGUUCAUGAUCUGUUUUCUUAUGAUAAGGAACGCGAACAUCAAGAUGAGAAUUCCAAUGUAGAAUGUUCAGAAAAGAUGAAAACAACUGAAUCAGCCAAGGAUGAUAGGUCUGGGCAUGCUAUGAGAAAAUUAAUGGACAUAUCUGAUGCAAGUAGCUCAAGCAGCACCAGUAGUGGUUCUGAAUCUGAAGAGAGUUGGGAGAGUGAUAGUGCUGAGGGAAGUGGAGAAGAAUUAGAUAAACCAAUUUUACCAAGUCCAGAUAAAGACAAAUCAGCUUCUCAGUUACUAAGUGGAAAAGUUAUAAUAAGGGAGGCUAGAUUACAACUUAAUUCUCCCGCUCAAACAACUUCUGGAUUAGAUGGUCCUUUCUCGAUGCUCACAUCAGCCUCAUCAAACAAUCCACCAACAACUGUAACUUGUGGAGUUUGUGGAGCUGUGAGGUUUUACAGAUUUGUGAAACAAGCCAGAAAAUUUGGAAUUUAUUCAUGUGAAUCUUGUCGCAAAUUUAUCACAAAACUCUUGAAAAGAGAUAAAAUGGCUCAUAGAAUGGGUCCUGUCUCAAUGCACUGCCUAAAAGGAGAAGGAAAUUGUCAUGUGCCACCAAUAGUUAGAUCACAACAGUGGAAGUUAUUACGAUGUACAAAUAAAACUAGAUGUCCUGCGUGUUGGCUGAAAAUGUGCUUAAAGGCUUUUCAAGUACCACCCAGCAUUAGAGCUAGCCUUACUGCUAUGUUGCCACCUAACAUGAGGCCAAGUGUUAAGCCUACUCCUUUAUCACCAGCGAAUCCGCUAAGAGUGCCUACUACAAACGCUGCUGUAACCAGUCAGCCUGUUUUUGGGUUAAGUGCGAAUGACAAUGAAACAAACAUAUUUGGUACUUUGAAGUCAACCAAGAAAAUAGUAGAUGAGCCAGAAAAAGUUGAGGAGAAGGUUUUAAAGGAACAAUCAAAUACAGAAGAAAACAAUGAAGAUUUUUGUGCCAGUAGGAAGCGCCAAUUAACAAGGAUAAAAGUUAGGAAAAAAGAUAAAUCAGAGGCCAAACAAAUUGAAGACCCUAAGAGGCAAAAAAUGGAACUCAAAGGUCCAAGAGUUAAGCAUGUCUGUCGAAGUGCAUCCAUUGUUUUGGGACAGCCUAUUGCUACUUUUCCUACUAUGGAAGAAAAAGACAAAAAUGACAAAGUUAUCACUGAAGAAGAUAAUACUGUCUCUACCAUUGAUAAAGAUAUUGAAGCACCUGAUUUAUCAAGUGAAGAAUCUGAGGUAGAUCUGGAGAACAAAGUACCACAGAUAAUACUUGAAGCGGUUUCAGUAAAGGAUGCAGAGGAAUCCCCUGUAGAACCAAAGAAAAGAAAAGUUGAUCCAUUGCUGGCUAAACAGGGUAAAGCAGAAUCCAGUGAGGAUGAAACUGUAAUGGACCUCAUACCCAAGAAAACUAUACAGAAACCUUUAUCCAACAUCACUAAUGUCCGCGGGCGCACACAGAAAUGUGGACAAAAUCGACCAGAAUUAAUAUGUGUCGAUUUUUGGGAGAGUUACGACCCUGAUGAAGUAUGCAAUUCUGGAUUUGGUCUCAUCGGCACUUUACCAUUCACUGUUGCCAAAUUGUGUUUCUUAUGCGGAAGUGCUGGCCAAGAAAAACAGAUGGUAGUGUGCUCGAGCUGUUGCGAGUGGUACCACACAUGGUGCGCGGAGGACGCGAGCGGCGGGCGCGGCUGGCGGUGCGCGCGCUGUGCGUGCUGUGCCGUGUGCGAGCGCGCCGCCGCCCGUUUACGAUGUCGUCUGUGCGCUGCGCCACAUCAUGCAAUUUGUCUGCCCGCUGCACCUCCGGACCAUCGUAGUGACUGGCCACAGAUCUGCAGUGCGUGUCUGAAAUGCAAAAGUUGCGAAAGUACUCGCGUGAGCAAGUUUGUUGGUAGUUUACCUUUUUGUGGUCCAUGCUUUAAACUUAGACAAAAAGGAAAUUAUUGUCCACUCUGUCAAGCGUGUUACAGAGAUAAUGAUUUUGAUAGCAAGAUGAUGGAAUGUGGUUGGUGUGGCCGCUGGGUACAUGCAAGUUGUGAAGGUUUAUCUGGAGAGGAGUACCAACUUCUUUCCGCACUUCCGCCCUCGAUCGAGUAUAUUUGUUGUAAAUGUAUGCCUCAUGAUCCCCCUUGGAGGAAAAUGCUUACUGAACAUUUAAAAGGACGACUUUUACAUCUACUCAAACUACUUGCCAAGAGUAAAAAAGCUUGUGCAUUACUAAAAUUGACACCACACAAAAAUACGCCGAUCGCUAACAAACCGUACCGCAUUACAUCACCACAGGCUAUCAGAAAACUACACUUUGAAUCCGAAGAUGAUUCUUUGAAAACAACUGAAACUAAAGUCUACAGAAACAGCUCUAGAGGAAAACGUAAUAAUGCACAAACCAAAGAUGAUACAACCGAGUCGCAAGUAUGGCGUUGUUCAUCGCUGUUAGCUGAUGUCGAUAUGGAAAAGGAAGACAUUCCACAUACUUCUCAUAAAGUUGUAAAUCUUCAGGAACCCUUGAUGCAGAAUAAAGAGGUCUGCUUUUCAACAGGUCUUUAUGGUACCAAGACAGAGUUUGAUGCCCCUUGUGUUGAAGUACACGAAAAUUACCCUUCUCAGAAACAAAACGACAAAGCAACAACAAUGCUACCAGCAUCUCCUAAUGUUGAAAAAUAUUGUGAUGAUGAGACAGUGAGGAGCUUCCCACAAGCUCGAAGUGAACAAGACUUGAGCCCAGCCAUUGUAAGAAUUAAUGAUACAAUAGUUGCUGAAAUGACUGAAAAUAAUAAGAUGGUGUCACCAUCUUUACUAGACAUAAAGAAAAGAGUCAAUAAUGAUGAAUAUGUUUCUUUAAAAGAUUUUAAUCAUGAUAUGAAGGAAGUUAUUACCAGGACAGUAAAUGACGACUUGAAGAAAAUUUACAAAGAUUUAUUCUCAGAAACAUUUCCCUGGUUUGACUGUGAAAACAAUUGUCUUCAACCAAAUUUGGAAGUUGAGGGUGAACUGGAAGAUAGUGAAUCCUUAAAAGAUGAUGACAUGUCUGAUAAUAAAGGGCUUAAAGCUUCUGCACAAUCAAUCGAAAGACCCCAAGAUCAGAUAGUUCCAAAAAUUGAAAACGAUGAAAAUAAAAUAGAAGAAGAUUUGAUAGACUUUUAUCCAGUUUUUGAUUCUAGAACUUGUGUCUUGUGCAAAGUGGUCGGUGACGCUACUCCGUCAAUGGAAGGACGCUUGCUUUAUUGUGGUCAGAAUGAUUGGAUUCAUGCUAAUUGUGCUUUAUGGUCAGCAGAAGUGUUUGAAGAAAUAGAUGGAUCUUUGCAAAAUGUACAUUCAGCAAUAUCCAGAGGAAAAAUGAUUAAAUGUGCUGCAUGUGAAACAAAAGGUGCAAGUGUCGGUUGUUGCGCUAAAAAUUGUAGUGAGACCUACCACUAUGCCUGUGCAAGAAAACAAACUUGUGCCUUUAUGGAUGAUAAAAGAGUGUUUUGCCCUACACAUGGGAAAGAUGUACCUAAGAAAAGUUUACAAAAAGACACAGAUUUUGAACUAACAAGACCUGUUUAUGUUGAGCUUGACAAGAAAAAGAAAAGGUAUGGUGAAAUUAAUAAAGUUCAAUUUAUACUUGGAUCACUAACAGUAAAUACUUUGGGAAAAAUUGUACCUUCAGUAUCAGAUUAUGAAGAAUUCUUAAUCCCUGUUGAUUUUUCUUGUACCCGAUUAUUUUGGUCUUGUAAAAAACCUACGAAAAUAGUGAGAUACACAAUCAAAACCAAAUUGAUACUAGCAGAACCUUUGCCUGGUUUUGACUUUGGAGUUAAUAUAACCGUAGAUCAUAAUUUGGAAACUCAUGCAGUUGACAGAAUGAUGGCUGAAAUUGGAUCAUGGCAUGAAAGUUUGCAGAAUGGGUCCAGUAAAUCUGCACUCAUGUUAUCCAACGAUAAGUCCCCAACAAAACAAGGAAAUUCUGUUACCUUAGAGGAUUUAGCAGUACAGCAAGUGGUUGAACAUUUAUUAGAUAAUGUUUGCAAACAAGAACAACAGGAUGAUGAAGAACCUCAAAAUACUGCCGACUUAUUACCUCCUGAAGUAAAAGAUGCUAUUUUCGAAGAUUUGAACCAUGAUUUACUGGAUGGUAUAUCCAUGCAAGAUAUAUUUCAAGACUUGAGACAUGAAUUUUACGGUAUAGUUGUACAAUCCGAAGACAAAAGUAAUGAUAAAUCAGAUUUGCGUCCUACUGAUAUCAUUGACGAAUUACUUAAUGCAAGAUUUGAAUCAGGAAGUAAAGAAUUGAAAAGAAGUAAAUCUGAGAUGCUGCUUCAAACUCAUGGCCUCAAAAAUUUGACAACUGGUCGUGGUCAACAAAGAUCAAGCAGUUGGAACAAUAAAUUUGAUACAAGUUUAUUGUCAUCUACUAUAAAACGAUGUAAAAUUGGAAAAGCAUCUACAGUAACAGAAAAACUUAAUCCUGCCCAAAGAGGAGGAAUAGUAGUUGAAAACCAAACUGUAGCAACAAAGGAAGCCGAAAGUACUAAUUCGAGGUCGGAAGAAAAAAAAGCGAAAGUAGAUCGUUGCUCCAAUAAUGUAUGCGAUGAAGUGCCUCACACGUCUGGUGUAAACUACCGUGAAACUAAAGAAAAAGAAGAAUCUACGGCAGUAAAAAAUGAUAAAACCGAAGGGUACUUUGCAGAUGUAAUAGACUUCUAUACAAAGAUACAGUGUAGUCCCAUAGCACAACUAGAUGGUACUGAAGAUUGGUCAGGAUCUGAGAGUUCCUGUGGUUCACGUCCAAGCAGCCCCCGAGAAAAUGAUUUUUCUCCUAUUCAGCAACUAGAUGGCGCAGAAGAUAAUAUUCCAGGUGAUACACAGAGAAGUCAAACAAAUCAAUUUAUGUAUAGAGCCAGUGGGACAGAGAGUUACACAGUCACAUUUGCUGGGAAUUCGGUUAAUGGGCAAUCAGAGCUUGUUAUGAGAUCGUUUGAAGAUCCUUCAGGGACGAUAAAUCAAAUGGAACAACCCGUGCGAUGUGAUAGAUGUCAAUGCACUUAUAGAAACAAAGAUUCUUAUGACAGACAUGUGCCAUCUUGCGACAUGGUGUCAACUAGUGAAAGUGAGAGUGAAAAUCCUAAAUCGCCAGAAAAUCGAACAUUAACAACCCUUCAAAAUGCUUUUCAAGGUGCUUUUGCACAACCAAUGAUUAUUCAUGCAGGAGUUGUCAGUGGCUCAGAAAACACUGUAAAAGCUGAAAGCAUAUCAGCCAGAAGAACAUCUAUCAAUACGAGGCAAAUUACCAUUAAUGGAACAAUUGUGGAAACACCAUCUCCAGGACCUUCAAACGAAAUGACUAUGACAAUUACAGAGCAAAUGAAAUCUGGAACUGUAAUAUUUGAUCAAAGUAAGACUACUAACGUUCAAGUGUCCACUAAUCAGCAAAUGAUGCCAUCGCCACAAAUCGUUGUUACUCCUCAAAUGCUGCUGCCCAACAAAUCGAAUUCUGGGGCAGGAAAAAUGAUGACACCUCAAAUUAUUACACAGCCCGGAAUUUUACCAUACAAUAUUUGUGUUAAACAAGGAAACACUAACAUACAACAAAUUCAAGGAAGUACAGAUAUGACACAACUUUUAUCUGGAUCAGGGGGUAUACAAGUUAUAUCAUCGAAUUCCAACCAAGUACUUACAAUACCUUCAAAUCAACAGGGUAAUAUUACUCCCAUUAUCCAGGGUAAAAAUCAAGUGGCAAAUUUCCCAAACAUGGCCAGUGCUUCGUCAAUAGCUUUACCUGUUAAUUCAAUACAAGGAAUGCCAAAUUCUUCUAUUAUUCAAAAUAUCCAACCAAUGAUACGGCCAUCUAAUCCAACCAUUGUUGUACCUGCAGUGUCGGCACAAAGACUAGCUUCACCAAACACACACAAGCAACAGAUUUUAAUGCCUGGAACCCAAAAAUCUCCAAAGAAACAACCGACUCCCGUUCAGCCUAAACCCAUUUUUCAAACAACGAAUAGGCCAAGAGGUCGACCGAUACCCAAACCCGCUUCAGUAAAACGACACACUAAACUAGAAAAAACUUUCACGACAAUCAAUCAGACACCCAUCGGCCCCGGAAAUACAGUGAUUCAAUUACAAACUAACAAUCAAACAGGUCAGCCUUCUAUAAUUGUGCAACCUGUAGCCAACCAGAACAUUAUGUCGGCCUAUGUUGAAGCACUAUCUCAACAACAAAAUCAAAAUAUGCAAUAUAUCGCCACAAUUGCACCUCAGGGAGAUUUUAAGACAGGACCGACACAGUUUAUAUCACAAGGUGGUCUUGUACCUCAAACGUUCCAAAUACAACAGACUGAAUCUGGAGGAUUAGUUGCUGUGCCUAGUGGGGGAAUACCAGUGUUACUGCCCCAAGGAAACGUCGGAAUCUUGCCACAAACUAUACAGCAGGGAGCUACUAUCUUACCUCAAGGAGCAAUACAGACACAAGGAAUAAUUUCGCAGGGACCAAAUGGACCUACAAUUUUACCUCAAACGAUUCACACCCAAAAUGGUGCAACAUUAAUACCACAAGGUACACUACAAGGUUUGGCCCCCGGGAAUAUUACAACGCAAACCGCAACGCUGCUCCCAAAUAAUACAUUGCAGACGGCAGGUGCUACUGUCGUACCGCAGAGUGGAAUUGGAAAUGGCCAAACCACUAUAAUACCUAAUGCGUUGCAAACGCAAGGUAAUACUUUGACAGGUGCAACUAUUCUACCACAAGGUACGCUUCUGCCUCAGUUCUGCAACGAUCAAGUUUUGCUCGGAUCGACACCAACACUGGAAAUGGUGACGGAUUCAUCUGGAUGCAUGUAUUUAACUACGACGCAACCUGUCUAUUAUGGCUUAGAAACGAUUGUGCAGAAUACAGUAAUGUCAUCUCAACAAUUUGUUUCGACUGCUAUGCAAGGAGUGCUCGCACAAAACAGUAGUUUUUCCGCAACAACUACACAAGUGUUCCAAGCCAGUAAGAUUGAACCUAUUGUAGAAGUACCAACAGGCUAUGUUGUUGUGAACAAUGUCGGAGAUAAUGUUUCAUCGUCGACGCCUAACGUUGUAACGGCACAAUCGGUUCAGUCUUCUCCGGCUUCCAUGAAGGCAGUUAAAACUAGCGUUCCCAAUCUUACACUGCAACCAUUAACCGAGAAAGCUUUAAAUAAUAGCAUCCGUCAAACACCCAAAGUAAUCCAUAUGAGUUCUUCACCUUUAACAAUGGGAUCGCAGUCGUGCCCUAACUCAAUAAUGACUGGGAGACAGACAAUAAAUCCGAUAACGUCGCAGAUUCACAGUAUGACGCUGUCAAACGCUUCGCAUAAUAUUCACCGAGCCGCCAAUGUGACUAAACAAAACGUGUCGAUGUCUCCUGUCACUCUAGUUUCUUCCACUGGACAGCCCGUUCUGGCAAUAUCUCAAUCGACUCCAAACUCUACGACAACAUUUUCAAUGCAACCUAUACCGCUGUCACAGCCUAUAGUCACAAGCUCUAUAGCACCAUCUUUAAAUAAGAACAAUGUUAAAACAGAAAACUCCCAUGUCAUUGAAAUUAGUGGCAAUUUGCAAGACAAUACGAAUUCGUCCAAUGUACCGACUAUAAGUGUGGCACAGAGUAUUAAAUCACCAACACCUUGGAGACAAAUAAGUACGUUAACCAAUAAUGCUCAUACCGAAAACAAGAUAGAAAUGCAAGGAACAGGAAAAACGAAUAUUAUUACACCAUCAAUGACCAUACAAAGCAAUAAUAUGCCAGGAAGGUCACAUUUACACAAUGAACAUGAGAAAAUAAAUCAAAGUUGUCUUAUGACAAUGUCAAAUAAUGGUAAUGGUUUAUCAAAUGUCAAUACACACUCUCAUCAGUAUGAGCCUAAUCUCAAUGUGAGCCACCAUCAGUCCCAUUCGUCGAACAAUGUUAUACAUAUAGCAGCGGGAAACAUAUAUCCACCUGUAUCAGGUAUGAGCACUUUUGAUGCUGACACGACAUUGAAAUUGAGUAAGAUAAAUGCUCUUUCGAAAACUGAAGGAGGUCAUCUGAAUUUCUCACAAGAAAUAAUGGCUUCACACUCGCAACAUAAUGCUAAUAAUGAAAAAUCUUUCCAAAAUUUGGGAACAAAUGACAACAAACAUAAUAUGGAUUGCAUGUCGGGUCAAAUGAAUAUACACAAAUUAAACAGUUGCCAGAUGGCUGGCAGCAUGAACAAUGCUCCUGCCAUUAGUAUUAUACCUCACAAUGUCAUGCGUCCACAAUCACAAGGUACUCAAAACAAUCUUCCUUCCAACAAUCAAAACCAAAUGUGUUCGAUUUCAACAAGUUCUUCUCACGGACAAGUGCAGCUAUUGAACUCUGGAAACAAUUCUAUUCAAAAUAUAAACUUAUCUUGUCAGGAAGCUGUAAACAGUAGAAUGAAUAUUGUUUCAUCCAAUGAUAACAUGCAAUUGAAUCAUGAAAUCACAAAUACAUCUAAUAUGCCUCAUGGAAAUAUGCAAAUAGUUUCUCAUGAAAAUAAUCAAAUGUCAUCAUCCAAUCAGAUUCACAUCAUGAAUGGACAAAUUCAACACAAUCGUCAAAUUGAUACUAAUAAUCAACUACAACAACAAAUUAGUCAAAACAGCGCUGGAAGAUCUUUCCAUGAAAACAUGAUGAGCUCCCAGCAAAAUCACAACCAAACCAUGAUGUCCAUCCGUAACACUCCUGACAAUAAUGAUCUUAUAAACCAGUCUAUGAAUAUGCACAAUUUAAGCAGCAAUGCACAUCCGAACAGAUCGGAAAUAAAUGAUCACAAUCAUAUGCAAAUGCAGCAAGCAAUGUCAAAUAUGCAAAAUAAUCGAAUAUUAAUGGAUAAUAUGCAACCUCACAAUUUGAAUAACCAUAACCACACCAUACAUUCCAAUCGAGGGAUGGACAACAUGCAUAAUACACAAUUGCAAAACAUGCAACAAAUAAACCAUCAUAUGAAUAGCAAUAGUCGUUCUUUGAUGGAAAAUAAUAUGCAUGUAAACCAGCAGAUGAAUAUGCAACAAAACAGACAAAUCGACAGUUCAGGCAUGCAUCAUCAACAUCAAAUGCCCAAUGUCAUGCAAAUGCAAAAUAAUCGCCAACACAAUGAGAACAAUAUGAUAAAUUUGCAUCAACAUGUAAAUCAAAUGCAUAAUAGACAACAAAUUGAAACUUCUAUGCAUAUGCAUCAUAUGCCAGGAAAUACAACAAAUAUGAAUUUAAAUCAGAUGGAUAAUUCUGGCUCACUACCUUACAUUCACGGGAACAGAAAUGAUAAUAAUGCAAUGGCAAUGCAAGGGAUGAAUGUAAUGAAUCAAAUUCAAAACAAUAGAUGUGCAAUGGAUCAUUCAUCAAUCAUGCAACACCAAAUGAAUAAUAUGAGUUCUAUGAAUAACAUGAACAUGCACAAUAAUCUAAGUAAUGCAAUGCAAAUGAAUAACGUAAAUCAUCAAUCUAUGAAUACUUCAUUGAUGCACGUUCCUAACAUUCCGGAUAUUAAAACAGAACUUCAAAAUUCAUGCAGUGGAAGUUGUUCUAGCAAUAGUUCUCUCUUCUCUGCAAAUCAGAAUUCAAUGGAAAUCUGUUCCAACAUGAACACUCCCAAUAUGACAAUGGGUUCAAGUACGAUGUUGCAUGGUAUGAAUGCAAAUAAUCCAAAUUUGUCUUCUAGUAAUAUGAUGUUGAAUAAUAUAAAUAACAGCAACAAUAUGUUUGCAACGGGCGCUCAAAACAAUAUAAAUAGCCACGAUAUGUUGAUGAAUUGCACCAACGCCGCCGAUCAUAGUGUCGCUGGCCUGUUGUCUGGAACACCUAAUCAUAGUAUGAUGAUGAACAGCCCUCAAACUCAUGCAACAAAUAAUGCAAGCCAAUCGUUAAAUACCCAAAUUAGUAACAAUUCCCAAGUGAACCUGAAUAAUUGUAGUAUGGCUGCUAAUAAUGCGCAAAACCCAAAUGUACCAAAUAUGGAGGGUCAAUUAAACAGAAACAAUUUACCGGUGGAACCACCUAAAUUCACCCAGGAACCACUAAGAGGCAAAAAUAUGAUGAGCUCAGCAACAAAUAAUAAUAUCUCCAUUCCUAAUAUUCCUAACAAUGAUUGUGCUAAAGUUAAUAUCGUCAACAACGACAAGCCGAAUCACAACAUUUCCGUAAAUAAUCAAAUCGGAUAUAUGCAGAUGAAUUCACAAAACAACAGAAUUAUAAAUUUACCAGAGAGAAACAACAGACUAAACAAUACAAGUAUAGACAGCAAUAUUUCGCAACAUGUCCAACAACAGCACAAUAUACGUGUGGUUACAAAUAACAGCAACGGUAAUGUAAGCGGAAUUGCAAACGAUCCGAUAUCAUUCCAGCAGAAGAAUGAAAGUUCUGGAACCACAAUAAACGUACCUUUUCAAGCUAUUCCAAACAGUGCCCCGAUGAACAUCAACGUGAAUUCUAGUAACAACACUGUUAAUAUAACCGUACAGAAUAACCUUGUCGACCCUAAAAUAGCUUCAAAAGGUGCUGCGGAUAUCAGUUUUCCAUUGCAAAACAAUGCGAAUAUUUUGCCAAACCAAAAUUCCACAAACAAUAUGAUUUGCAUUCCAGUACAGAACAAUACUAUAAAUUUACCAACACAGAACAGUUCCAGUAUCACUUUACCUAAAGCACCGCCAACUCAACAAUCCGGUAUACCGACAAAUGUUGUGAAUCCAAUGUCCAUGCGACCCAUGAACAGAGUAUUGCCACUACACAGGGACUGUCAAAGCAAAUCGGCUACGAAAUCGUCACCUUCGACAAAAACUUUACCAGUGCCAAAACAGAGACCAGUUAGUCAUGAUAUGCCAGAUCUAAAUAUAAAAGACGAAACAAUUGACAGUGACCUCGAAAAAGCCAUUGAAGAAUCCAAGCGAAUGAUGGAACUUGAAAGGGCUAAUAGAGAAAAAGAAGAAAGAGAUGCCACCCAAGCUAUGCAGCUAUCAACCGAACUGAACAGAGCGAACACGAGCUCCGCUUCAGAGAACGAGACUAUCAGAAUAAAUGCUCCAGCUGAAAUUAAAUCUAAGGAAUCUUCAUUACCAAGCUUAGAUGCAGAGAUGAUCGAAGUUCAACCACCAAGAAUAUUGAUAGAAAAGGACAGAAAUAAAGCGCCUGCACCGACGAAAUUAUCGACCGCUACAACGAAGCUGUUGAAGAGACCUAUACACCACUCGGAUAAGAAAAAUGAAAAUGAAACAGUGACGAAGAAGCCCAGCAAGCUUUCUAAGGAAAAUAAACCUACUGUGUCCAAGCCGGGUCCGGAUAUUCCAAAAGAUGAUGGGCCCAAAUUGAUUUAUGAAGUCUCUUCAGAGGAUGGAUUUAAUUAUACAUCAUCAUCAUUGAAUGAUCUUUGGGCAAAAGUAAUUGAAGCUGUACAAAAUGCAAGAAAACAGUCGGGACUACCACUUAUACAAUAUAAUUUACCACCUAGCACAUCCGGAACCCAUCUUUUGGGACUCAACAAUAAUGCGCUAAGAUAUCUUGUUGAACAACUGCCUGGGGCAAGCCGUUGCAUCAAAUACAAAACACGACAGGGGCGACAAUUGAAUAGCUUGGAUACGGAUUUAGACCUUAGUGAAGGAUUCAAAGAGAGCCCCUGGGGAAGCGCUAGAACAGGGCCCAUAGCGAGGAAACCUAAUCACGACAUGUUCAGCUGGAUGGCCUCACCUUUCAGAGAGGAACCGCCUCCGUUUGGUGGUCAAGAGACUGAGAGCUCGAUUUCUAGACGUUUAGCGACUUUACCGCCGGCGAUGAGAUUCAGACAACUGAAAGAAACUUCUAAGAUAUCAGUCGGCGUCUACAGGUCGCACAUUCACGGACGUGGCUUAUUCUGCAAACGUGAUAUCGAAGAAGGUGAUAUGGUGAUCGAGUACGCGGGAGAAGUGAUCCGCGCCGUGCUGGCGGACCAGCGCGAGAAGCGUUACGAGGCGAUGAGCGGGCGGCGCGGCGUGGGCGGCUGCUACAUGUUCCGCAUCGACGACAACCUCGUGGUCGACGCCACGCUCAAGGGAAACGCAGCGAGAUUUAUCAACCACUCCUGUGACCCGAACUGUUAUUCGAGGGUAGUUGACAUCCACGGUCACAAACACAUCCUGAUCUUCGCUCUGCGUCGCAUCACCGUGGGAGAGGAACUCACCUACGACUACAAGUUUCCUUUCGAGGAAGUGAAAAUUCCAUGCACUUGUGGCGCAAAGAAAUGCCGCAAAUAUCUCAAUUGAAAAUAUACCGAGAAUAUUGAGUGUGUGUUUGGUUUGUGUCAAUUAUACUUGUUUUGUGAAAUCGACAAGUUAUAGUGUUGCGUUUGAUAUGAAGUACCGUACUCUGCCCAGAGAAAAGGACAACGGACCAGUGCAGUGUAUACUGUCGCUACGAGCCCUACGGCCCAGCUAGUUAAGGAGCAUAAUAUAAUUAAAUAUAGUACAUACUGAUUAGGCAUUAAAUAAUAAUUUUAAUGAUGAGAACCUUACAACUUUGAGCCAGCUAGAUGAUGGAUCUCCUGAAAAAUUCUAAGGCUAGAAUUAUAGUGGGAAAAUGGAACGUUUGACAAUGAAUACUGGGUCGAGCACAAUUCGUUACAUGUAAAUAAGUAUUUAAGACAAUAAGUCAAAUUUACAUAUCGUGUUUACUCCCACCUGUUGACAUCUAAGUACUGAAGAAAUUCACAUACAACGGAAAUGUUACAUAAUAUGAAUCUUGAUAUGAUCUCUUAAUUGAAUCUGCCCAGUGUUUUAUUUUGUUGGAGCUUAAAAUGAAUUUUAUAUUUUUUUUUUACUUGAAUGUAUAUUAUUUUUAUAUAGGUUUUGAUACGUUUUGUACAUAGUUUGUUGGUUAUGUAGCGUUGGUUCGCGAUCGGCUUAAGUGUUUACACUUCGGAUGUGAUAUGCGCUCAGCCCCGAUGCCUGGGGCAUCAAAACGGUUAGUGCGUAGGUAAUGUAUAUUUGUUCCUCAUUAUGUUCUUAUUUCUUGCACAUGUGAUCAGUUAAGUCCCGACUAACAGCGCAUACUUGUGUAUAUAAUAAGUGUAGUCUUUGUAAGUUAGUCAAUAAACGGAUAAUGGUAGUGUAUCGAUAAAGGGUAGCAAAGUUUCAAGUACAAUGUUACUUUUUAAUUAUUUUAAUGUGUAUUGUAUAGAAAAAAUUGUAUAUAAGAGGAAUUAUGGCAUAAUAAGAGUUUAAACGACAAAUCGUUUAUUUGUAGUCAUAGUAGUAGGUUGUACUUUUUAAAGUAUAUUUUACUGUGUUUAUUAUAAAUGUACUAGUGCGCGGCCCGCGUGACCUGUCAGAGGGCUCGUGAGAAAAUGGACCCUAAUAUGGCGUUAUUCACACUGUAAAACAUAUUUAAUUACUUACUUCCUAUUAGUACAGUUAAAUAUUGCACAUUUAGCUUUAAAACUUCUCUCCACCUCCUCAGAUUAUUUUAUAGCUAAAUAUAUAAAUUUUACAUUAUUGAGUUAGUGCAUGUCACUUCGAUCGGCAGUUUUAGCAGUUUAGCAUUCUAUUUUGUUUACGAGGUUAUAGACUGAGUAUUACAUCACAGCGCAACUUACAGUCAUCACAUUUAUAUCUGAAAGUUUUAAAAAAAAAACAACACCUACACUUUUUAAUAUAGUUUUACGAUAUUAGUGACACAAACGCGACUAUGCAUCUAAUAUAAUUUAUACAGCGCUAACGCAUGCUAUUAGAUUCGUAUAAAUAUUUGUUUUACUCUUUUUACAACACUUUUUACAUAUAGAUAUAUCAAGACAGUACAAUGAAAUAAAACGUGUACUAUGAAAUUAAUCUUGUUUUCGUUCAAUAAACACGAAAGUCUAUAAUCAUGAAUUUGUUUCUUAACAAAAAAGCGUUAUUAGCUAAAUUUAUUUUGCUUUAAAAUGCGUUUUAUAUUAUUUUAAUUUGUAUUCUUAUUUUGGUUUGUAAGUCUUAAUUAUAUUGUCAUUACACAUCACUCACAAUAGAGGUUUAAAUUUUGUUUUGUCUUACAUUGGUUUGAUAUUCAAGCUCCAGCUGCAAUAUAUUUUAUUGAUGUAGAUAUUUUCUGUUAAAAAAAAACUAAAGUCAGAACACCAUUCAUUAUUCUUCCCAUAACUAAUUGCAGAUCAUUGAAAAUAAACAUUUUUUGUACAUUAUAACAAUAAUGCCUGUAUGUAUAGUAAGUUUUAGUGAAGCUUUAUUUAAAACACUAAUACUGUUCCCAAUGUACCUUGCCAUUUAUACAAACACGUAGGAAUCAGAUAACAUUCAGUAGUCACAUCGGUUUGUAUCUUUUAUAUAUUUUUGAUAGUUCAUAGCAUUAAUACAUCGUAAAAUAUUUGUAAAAUACCAGUGAAACCAAUUUAGUAGCGAUAUUAGCACUCUUUGUAAAUUAACUUUUAAUUAAGUACGAAUAUCAAUAUUCAUUGGCGUUUCUUACAGCUACAAAUUUUAUUUGCAAGAUACAAUUUCACUCAAAAACUAAUAAAUUGGGCAUUUGAUUAAACUAUACAAUAUAUUAAAACAUAUAGAUAUGUUUUAAAAGAACCCUGAAAUAUUUUAAAACUAGAAUGGAUUUUUAUGAAGUCAGAUGUGUUAAAUCAAAACUAUUGGACUGUUCAUGUGACCAAAAGCGUUGAUGACACAAUCUUAAGUAUACUGCGAUAGAUUGCAAUGACUUCAUAUUCAAAUGCAAAUUUACUAAUUUUGUGACGGACAUCACAUGACCAACAACAACACUUUUGAAGGAAUAUCCAUCAAUUAAAAUUUUACUAGUACAUAUAUACUUUUUUUUAUAAAUAAUUGUUUGCAGUUUUUAGCAAUUCGUAAUGUUUUCAAUACUCAAAUACUGUUGUCUUUUUUAUCAAAAUACAUUUUUAUGGUGAUCUUUUUAAUAGGGAAGUAUUUGUAUAAAAAUUACUUUGUGACGAUUUUAACGCAACAUGUUCAUAAAAAUCAUUGAAGUAACAUAAUCAGUUAGCCAAAGGCAUACGGCCUAAGCAUUGCGACGUGUAAAGAAAUGUAAGAUAAUGUGAAUAUACUAUUUCGUAAAAUGUAGAUUAAAAACAAUGUACAUUGAUCAAACUGCGUAGCGUUUGAGUCCAAAAUUAUUUAUUUGAAUACUGAUCGAAUGUUUUUAUUAUUUUAAUUCGCUAUUAUCUAAAAGUAGUAGUGUAGUAGUUGUGAUUUCGUGAUACAAAACGUCGAUCGAUUUAUUUAUAGCUGUCAGUAUGUGUAGAGAACAUAGUUUAAAAACACAUCAUUAAAAUUUUAUCAAGGUGUUAUUGAAUACUUUUAAUAAUUAAGUUAUUGAGCAUAACGUUGGACUCGUGCGCUUUUAUCAAAAUCAUCUAAUAAUAAUCAAGAAUUUUAGUGGAAGGUACAAGCUUACAUCUCUUUUCAAGUACAGUUUUAUUUAAUUUAAAAAUAAGAAUGGCUAUUAUAAAUGUAUUUGAAUAUUUUUGUCAUAUUUAACACCAGUUUAUUUUUCCUGUUCUCGUGUGAUCUUUAUUCGUAAUGAGAUGAUUCGUAAUGUCGCAGAAAAGGAUUUUAGGAAAGGAAUUUAAGUUUAUUUUUACGAAUGGCUUAAGUGAAUUAUUUGAUAGACACGGAAAAUGCUUUAAGUACAUUAUGCAUUUUGUUAGUCUCAUAAAAAAAAA